UUUUUAGUAGAGAAAGACGUGAAGCAAUCGUAGAAUCCGUCAUUACCACCAAUUUGUCUCUGCUUGAUUUUAUCACCGCAUUUACAAUCAAAGGAAGAACAUUAAAUCUUUUCGAUUGGCCAUUGAUAGAAUUUGCUGCAAAUGCCUACCAUCCAUUUUAUUAUGAAAUCAGUAAUAUGAACAUGAUGCAUGAACUUACAAGAAUAAUACCGCCGUGGUGCAUUAAAGUUCGUAGCCUGCUGCCUUAUAGAGGUCUUUCUGCAGUAAACGGCAAAGAAGAUAUAAUUCUUUGUCCUUACCCUACUAAAUGUUGCCUUAAAAAACUCGAGAAGGAAACAUGCGAGUUGCAGAUCUUGAAGAAAGGGGAAGGAGAAGAUAUCAAAUGCAACUACUUAGCUGUCGAUGAAGACGACACAGUGUGCUUGCUGACACAUUAUGGUCAAGAGAGUCGUUAUGACCUAUUUAUUUGUGAUUCAAAUGGAAAAGUUAUUCACCAUAACCCCAUAGAAUUCUCAAAGGGGAAGGAAUAUCGGUGUUUGGGAAUAACCAAAGAUAAAAAACUUGUUUUCUGUUGUGAAUUUGAACAGAAUGUGUAUACAUUAGACAAAACCGUCCUUUACAUAUUUGACAGGAACGGACAGAAGAAUACUUUUCCUGUACGCAUUUCUGACAAACGAGUUGUAAAGGACAUGUUUAGUUCCAAUUCUAACGAAAUUGUACUUGUUACAGUAAGAAAACACGACACUAAAUCUAAAUCUAUUGUUCUUUAUCUUUACUCAGACGACGGACGUUUAGAACGAGAGGUUAAACUAAAACUGCCUGUUGAUUCGGGAUCUCCGAGCUCUUGUACUGUAAGAUACGACUAUCGGGCAAAUAAUUUCAUAUGUUUGGCUCUUAAAAUGAUCGGCGGCAUGCGCAUGUGCAGAUAUCUACAGUUUUGCUCAGAAACUGGUGAAUUACGAAAAUCGUGUGACUUGAACUUUAAACAUCUAGGGUUUAACAAGCCAAAUCUUACCUGUCAUCCAAAGGGUAAUGUGGCUUUGGUGUGCACAAAUGGUGCACUGUACGUGCAUUAAUCGUUCGUACCUUAUAAGCGCAUAGCAAAUCCUCUAUUAAUCCCCACCCUGCGAUGGGCUAUUUAUUUCAGGCACGGUUGAGAAGGGCUUAUUAGAGAGGGGGAGAAGCCGGACAGUUAAUAGCGGAGAAGGGACUUAUCAUUGGCAGAAAUGCAGUGAAUAAGAAACGUAGUAAAGUAAUACACAUUUCGAUGCAAAACUGCAUGCAAAUAAAUCUAAUCAGUAAACUGAUGGAUUUAAUUCUUUGCUAUAGCAGCUGGGGUGCAUAUUGAAGAGAGGUUUAAUCUCUCCUCUAAAAGCGGGCUUAUCAGAAGAGAUUUAUUAGAGAGGCGGGGCUUAAUAGAGGAUUUAAAGCUAUAUAUAAGGUAUGUGUAUUAUUAUAUUUCAUUGGCGCAUUGCCAGACAUGUUCAAAUUUAUCAGUGUCUUUAGUUAAUUAUAAAGUUAUGUAUAUGUAUAAAAAUAACGUAAUUAAGAUUGCAUUUUGUAGC